AUGGAAUAUGAAGAAAGCCUUUCAAAAGUAGUUGAAAUUGAAACCAACAACAACGAUAUUGUUGAAAAAGUACUUGAAAUGGAAGAAACCCCAUCAAGAGUUUUCCCUUGUUUGUUCUGUUCAAGAAAGUUUCAAAGCUCCCAAGCUUUAGGAGGCCAUCAAAAUGCUCAUAAGAAAGAGAGGACUGCCGCGAGGAAAGCCAAGCGAAUCUGCGAUUACUCAGUGUCGCCACCAUCGCCGUUCUCGGCACCGACAUCGUUGGUUUUUGCAGCUAGCCAGCAGCAACAUCAUCCAGCUGGGUUAUUGCCACAUCCUGUUUAUAUUGCUACUCAUGGAGCUAAUCUUCAUUGUUUCCCUAAUAACCAACAAUUGUUGUAUGAAAACAUGGUUUUUUGUGGUGGGGUUUGUUCAAGCAAUAGAUAUCAUCAAGAUGAAGAAAAUUUGUUGAAUUGGGAGAGAAACAUAAAGAACGAUCUUAGUAGGAUAAACCAUGAUAAGGAAAAAGAGCAAAAACUUGAUCUUUCUCUCCAUUUAUAG